UCCAUUUAUGGGCGCAGUGGAGGGCAGAUAUCAGUGUCGAUGGCAUUCGUUCCCAGCUAUUCUUAGGAGCCUCUCAGGAGCUGCACACAGCCCGGCCAGGCAGAAAGGGACGGAGCAGAGGUCGCCGCUGUCAGCACCGGCAUGUCUUACAGCGUGACCCUGACCGGGCCUGGGCCCUGGGGCUUCCGUCUGCAGGGGGGCAAGGACUUCAACAUGCCACUCACCAUCUCCCGGAUCACACCGGGCAGCAAGGCCGCCCAGUCCCAGCUCAGCCCGGGUGACCUUGUGGUGGCCAUUGACGGCAUCAACACAGAUACCAUGACCCACCUGGAGGCCCAGAACAAGAUCAAGUCUGCCAGCUACAACCUGAGUCUCACGCUGCAGAAGUCGAAGCGUCCCAUUCUCAUCUCCACGGCAGCGCCCCCGAUCCACUCCCCUCCGCCUGUGAUCCCCCACCAAAAGGUGGUAGCCAACUCUCCAGCCAACGCCGACUACCAGGAACGCUUCAACCCCAGCGCCCUGAAGGACUCGGCCCUGUCGACCCACAAGCCCAUCGAGGUGAAGGGGCUGGGCGGCAAGGCCACCAUCAUCCACGCGCAGUACAACACGCCCAUCAGCAUGUACUCCCAGGACGCCAUCAUGGACGCCAUCGCCGGGCAGGCCCAGGCUCAGGGCAGUGACUUCAGUGGGGCGUCACCGCUGGCGAGCCUUCCUGUCAAAGACCUCACCGUAGACAGCACCUCUCCCGUGUAUCAGGCUGUGAUUAAGAACCAGAACAAGCCAGAAGACGAGGCUGACGACUGGGCCCGCCGCUCCUCCAGCCUGCAGUCUCGCUCCUUCCGCAUCCUGGCCCAGAUGACGGGGACAGAAUAUAUGCAAGACCCUGAUGAAGAAGCUUUGCGAAGGUCAAGCACCCCUAUUGAGCAUGCUCCAGUGUGCACCAGCCAGGCCACCACACCACUGCUGCCCGCUUCUGCCCAGCCGCCUGCUGCUGCCUCUCCCAGCGCAGCCUCGCCACCGCUGGCCACAGCCGCUGCCCAUGCUGCCACCGCCUCUGCCGCAGCCCCUGCCUCCAGCCCUGAGGACAGUCCAAGGCCCCAGGCCUCUGCCUACAGUCCCGCUGUGGCCACCUCUCCAGCACCUGCCGCCCAUACAUACAGCGAGGCCCCAGCUGCCCCUGCACCCAAGCCCCGGGUUGUCACCACUGCCAGCAUCCGGCCUUCUGUCUACCAGCCAGUGCCUGCAUCUACCUACAGCCCAUCCCCAGGGGCCAAUUACAGUCCAACCCCCUACACCCCCUCCCCUGCCCCCACCUACACCCCUUCCCCUGCCCCCGCCUACUCCCCCUCCCCAGCACCAGCCUAUACCCCCUCGCCAGCCCCAAGCUAUAAUCCUGCACCCUACAGCGGGGGCCCUGCGGAGUCUGCCAGCCGUCCCCCAUGGGUGACAGACGACAGCUUCUCUCAGAAGUUUGCCCCUGGCAAGAGCACCACCACUGUCAGCAAGCAAGGCCUGCCCCGAGGGGCCCCUGCGUACAACCCGCCACCGGCUCCCCAGGUGUCCCCCCUUGCCAGGGGUACUGUCCAGAGGGCCGAGCGCUUCCCAGCCAGCAGCCGGACUCCGCUCUGUGGCCACUGCAACAACAUCAUCCGGGGCCCGUUUCUGGUAGCCAUGGGCCGCUCCUGGCACCCAGAAGAGUUCAACUGUGCCUACUGCAAGACCUCCCUGGCAGAUGUGUGCUUUGUGGAGGAGCAGAACAACGUUUACUGUGAGCGGUGUUAUGAGCAGUUCUUUGCUCCAGUCUGUGCCAAGUGCAACACCAAAAUCAUGGGGGAAGUGAUGCAUGCCUUGAGACAGACGUGGCACACCACCUGCUUUGUCUGUGCAGCCUGCAAGAAGCCCUUCGGGAACAGCCUCUUCCACAUGGAAGAUGGGGAGCCCUACUGUGAGAAAGACUACAUCAAUCUGUUCAGCACCAAGUGUCACGGCUGUGAUUUCCCCGUGGAGGCCGGUGACAAGUUUAUCGAAGCCCUGGGGCAUACCUGGCACGACACCUGCUUCAUUUGCGCAGUCUGCCACGUGAAUCUGGAGGGGCAGCCAUUCUACUCCAAGAAGGACAAACCCUUGUGCAAGAAGCAUGCACACGCCAUCAACGUGUAGGGAGCCCAGGGCAUCUGCUGGCAACGAAGGAUUCAAGGAGGCUGAUGUUUCUUUUUGGGGGGAAAAGAGAGAAGACAGGAAGUGACUGAGCCCUUUUGAAGUAUAAUUUUAGUCCUUUCUUCUGCGCACAGAUUGUGUAUUUGCAUAGUUCAGACUAGAAGCCAAAUGAAGAUUCCUGAACCAAGCUAGUAAUUAAUCCAAGACUGGAAUUGUACUUCAAACAUUGAGGACAGAAUUCCAAGAACUCAAAAGUGAAAAAGAAAAAGUAACUUUCCCCACGCGAUACACUUCCCUGAGGUCACCAGAGCAGGGACAGAGCUCAGGGCAGUUAUGGAGAAUCUGAAGCAUUCUGCGGAGUUCUUUAGAGCUCCUCCAGCAAACAAAAUGAAGUGCCAAACAGUCCUCGCUGCAGGGUAUUUUUAGAGCCAUAGCUGAGCGCUUGUUAGCUAAGACCGAUUGGGCUUUCCUCACCAAAAAAGGAAGUGUUAUUCCAUUACUUGUGUCAUGGAGCUACCUCUGCGCAUCAGACUUCAGACCUUGCACAGGCUUGAACAUUCUCAAGGAAGCCCAGACAUCGGAGGGAUGUCUUCUGGGAGCCUCUGGGCAAUCGACAGGGCUUCAGGAAAGGGUCAGGCUCACACCACAGACAGCUGAAGAACGAAGGGCUCUUCAGCCACCCUCUUUCAGUCUGAAAUAUCCAAUGUCCCCAGAAAGCUUAGCUUCUUUUUGAGUUGUGGUGGGAAGGUGGAAUUGGGUUUUUCCAGUUUUGCUUUGCUGUUUGUGAGAGGAGAUUUUAAAAUGACUCUGGGCUGUGUUUGGCCUCUGUUUGGCUUUACGAGGUUCAUUAGCAUGAACGUCUAGUCUUGUGCAUGUGUUUCAUUCCCAAUACUAUGACUGCUCAUGGCUGAAGUCUUCCUCAGCACCCCUUCCCCCAACAGGCUGAGUGACCUGUGGAAAAGAAGAGAGAGACAGUGUCUGAAACAGGAUGGCAGAAGAGGCUGAGAACAUGCCCAAACUCUGGGUGGGGAAGAGGAACCUUCCUUUCUGCCAACCUCAGUAAGAACGCACGAGCUGGCAGGACCUCCCACUUCAGAGCUGCUCCAUCCUUCUUGUAUCUUCUUUUAAAUGCAGUACACUGAUUAUAUACAAUUGUGUUGACUGCUGGAAGGGAAAGAUGGUAUAUGAUAUAUACACGUUUGCCAUUUUGGCCAAUAUUUUGAAAAAGUAUGAGCUGAGUUGAUCUAGCAAUUAUUUAAGCAUUUAUUGAAAUAGACUUGAGUCUUCAAACUUCCUUAAAGUAUUAGUGAUAGUUUGAGUUAAGUAAGCAUUUUAAAGCUGUUUGGUGAUAAAGAGAGAAGCUUAGUUUUUGAGGUUGGAAGUGGUGUAGUCUCUUUCCCUUUUAGGAAACGCUGUUAUUAUGCUCAUUGAACAUGGCCAUGAAGCAGGUGGUUUGAGUGGAUGUUUCUCACUUGAGCACAAUAUUUAGGCUCUCUUCCAAAUCACUGCUACUCUUUCCUCACUCCUGUUUUGGAUUUUCUCUUUGCAUGUUUGAAAUGUUUUAUGAGAAUGCAUUAGGAUACUUCUUCUUCUGAGAACUGAGGCUUCCAGGGGACUGCCUUUUUACCUGAAGCAGAAGGAAGCAGCUAGAUGUGUCUCUAACAAAAGACCCGAGGUUUUUUUUCCAAGGGUGAAGUCACCAACAUCCCCCAGGGAGCACCAGGAGGGACAUAAACAUGCUCCUACCACAGGACCCUUCUUUACUUCUGGUGCAGGGAAAAAGUCAUAAAGCACCAGGCAGAGUAAAAUCUGCAGGGAGUGCCUGGAGAUUUUUCAAGAGUUGCAAACAAGCAUUCUGUUAUUUUUGGAAAGUUCAAAUACACAGGAACAAGGAGGUUGCUGACUGUACAGAAAGGCUCUAGGCAGGUUUUCUCUUAAAAAACAAAAAAAAACAAACAAAAAACCCCCACAACUUUUAAAUUAUCAGGGACUGGUCUCAAGGAAAGGGAAAAAAUUUCCCUAGAGUUGUUUCCAAAAAUAUCGUUUAAAAGAUUUUACACAUACACACACACAAGUGUGCCCAUUAAAACGUGUAUGAUCAUUAAAAAGAAAAGUAAAAUCUCAAA